UUUAUGUUAGAAUAAGAUUAGAUUACAGUAUGAUUUAGAGUAAAGAGAAUUAAGUAACUAUCUCUUUCUCCCAAUCUGCCCGCCAUCUUCUCUAUCAUUCAAAGCCAGCUACAAGCUGCUGCCUCUAUAGUUUUUAUAUAUAUAAUGCAUAUGCCACAUUCAUUGCUAACAUUUCCACAUUUCACACACAUAAAAACUCUCUCUCUCUCUCUCUGUUCACAGGACAUAACCUUUGUUAGGCAAGAAACAUUCUUACCAUUUUGUUGUGUGAAUAAAACAUCUGUUCUUGGGUCUGGAGAUUUCUGCUACUCUGCAGCUGCAUAUUAUUCUCAAUCUCGAAGCACCACAUUUGUGCUAAGUUUACUCUGACUACGUUUCUCUGUCUGUCCCUGCAAAAAGCUUCGUUUUUUUCCACCGGAAGUGCACAAGGCCAUAUGAUUUCUGCCAAUUUUGGACAUUGAGAAAGCAAAAAAAACGUCUGCAAGAAUGUUAUCUUCUAUAACAGAGGAAAAUAAAGAUCUGCAUAAGAAAAUUGGAUGCAUGAAUGGAUUAUUCCAAUUGUUUGAUCGACACCAUUUCCUCAUUGGCAAACAUCUCCAUGGUCAAAAUCACAAAAGGCUACUCCCAGGUGCCAUGGACAGGAUGGAGACCAAAUGUACAAUGCAACCGGCUACGGAAAAGACUCCAAGGGAGGUAGCCAAGAACAAAUUGUCGCAUUCAAGUGAGUCAUCCAAGGCCAACUUAAAUCUUGAACAAAGUAAAAGGCCACAACAAGAGCAACCUUCCAGCAGUCAAAGAAACUUACUAGAAUCUCCUUCGAAAACCCUGCCAUACAAGCAACCAAGUUCUCCAUCUCAUUCUGGCCGGCGAUCUCCUGAUUUACGGGAUGUUGUAAAAGACUCAAUGCACAGGGAAGCCCGUAGUUUAGCUGUAAAAACUGUCACCAAAAUAGAAGGUAAAGUCCAUGUAAUGAAGCACAUUGAUUCUCCAAGGCCAUUUCAGCAGCCAAACUGUGGGAGGCCAUCUGAUGGAACUAGGCAUGUAACUGCUAAGUUUCGUGAAGCACCUCGUAAUUCAAGAGAUGAUCUAAAGCAUUCACCAAGAGAUCAUCCACGUUUCUCAUACGAUGAAAGAGACUCGAGAGAAGUGAUGCGUUCUUCAAUAAGGCUAAAGGACCUUCCCAGACUCUCACUGGACAGUAGAGAACAGUCUUUCAGGAGCUCUGCCUCUGAAUCCAGAUCAAAUUUUCUUUUAGGGGAUCAUAAAAGAUCUUCUAGUGUUGUAGCAAAGCUGAUGGGAUUGGAAGCUUUACCAAAUCCCAUUCCCUCAAAUGAAGUUGAGACAGUAAUACCUAAGUCUUUCUCUACCAAUGAUUCUGUUUCAGUCUCGACAAAAACAGCUGAAAAGAGCAAGAAUAAUCAAGUCACACGGUUCCCUCAGAUUAAUGAAAAGGAUUUCGGCUCCCCACGAAUGAAAUCUACCAAUUUAAUCAUGAGAGUAGCAUCAACUUCACGGCUUCCACUAGAACCUGCUCCCUGGAGGCAACCGGAGGCCAGCAGAACCUCCUACAAGUCAUCUGCAAGAAACACAGAUGUGGAACUGUCGAUUCAGAGGCCAAAGCUAUCUUCCUCUGUCUAUGGUGAAAUGGAGAAAAGGAUAACUGAACUUGAGUUCAGAAAGUCUGGAAAGGAUCUCAGAGCUCUAAAGCAGAUUCUUGAAGCAAUGCAGAAGACUAGAGCAAGGUUAGAUGUCCAAACAGAAGAGCAGGCAGACUCUGAUGCGAAUUUGGAAAUAGUGCAGAAAAGGCAGCAAUGCAACCUGCUAUCUCCAACCAUAAAGGGAACUCGAGCACCAAAAAGAGAGGAUACAGCUGACAAGAAAACUUGGAAAGAUGUGACACCUAGAGUGAAAAAUGUCAGAGAGUCUGGUUGGCUUCUUCCUUCACCAGACAAGAAGACCAAAGAAGGAACAUCAAGGGCAGUGCAAAACCCGACAUUACGCCAACCAAAGGAAGGAAGCCAUCCUGCAUUAGGAAGGAAUUCUGGAACUGUAAGUCCAAGACCACUACCGAAGAAGAAGCAAUCUUGUCCGACAACUACAUCACCAGAGUUCAGCAGGGUAAGAAGGCAAUCAAUUAAGCAAUCCAAAGAAUCAGGCUCUUCAAAAAAGAGAAUGCAAGCAAAACCCAACAAUCUGUUCCGAGUUGAUGAGGAAUUGAGUGAGAUCAGCAGUGGCACAAGAAAUUUCAGUGAGCAAAGUGAUGCAACUUCUUUACAAUCAGAAAGCAACAACAGUUUGAGCUCCCAUGCAGAUGGAGAAGUCACAAGCAGAAAUCAUUCCUUUAGGGUCAAUGCUAAAAGACUAGAGGACUCUAAAGACAAAAGUAACAUGGUGAGGCUGAAUGAAGACAGACCAAUGGCUGAACUUGCAAUUUCUACAAUUGAACAGCCAAGUCCUGUCUCAGUGCUUGAUGCCACAUUCUAUGAAGAAGAUUCACCAUCUCCUGUGAAGAAGAAAACGACUGCAUUUAGAGUUGAGGAUGCUGCUGAUGAGUUAUGGUACCUAGAUUACCAGGACCAUUCACCUUACAGCACGAGGAUAGAUCUUGGCACUGAGAUCACCACCCAGAAGAAAUUAGCGCGCAUUAAGGACCUGGUUCACCAACUCAGACUUUUGGACUCCAGCUACGAAGCAAGUACGGACCAGCUUGGAUCCUUGAGCCAGAAUCAUAAUCCUGACCACAGAUACAUCACCAAAAUACUACUGGCAUCUGGCCUUCUCAAGGACGUGGACUCUGUCUCCACAGUCAUUCACUUUCAGUCGUCUGGCCAUAUGAUUGAUCCAAAGUUGUUUCAUAUCCUGGAACAGACUGAGGAAUGCGUUAUGUCAGGAAAUGGACACAGUAAGACAAGUGCUCGAACAGAGUUUAAUCAGAAAAUGCACAGAAAGAACGUCUUUGACACAGUCGAUGAGAUACUUUCCCGCAAACUAGCUUCAGAAAGCUGUUUAUUGCAGGGACAAGAUUGUUUAAGUGCACAGAAACUCCAGAAAGAACUGAAGUCAGACAUAGACCAACUCAAUGCUAAAAAGGUUGGCAUGGACUCUGAGGAAGAUGAAUUGAUAAGUAUCCUAAAUGCAGAUAUGAGGCAUCAGUCAGAUGAUUGGACAAACGGUGAAAGUGAGAUUCCAUCAUUGAUUUUGGAUGUCGAGCGCUUAAUAUAUAAAGACCUUAUUACAGAAAUAGUUAGUGAUGAGGCCAGAGAGCAGCAAAUAAGAACAAGGAGGCAUUGUAGGCAACUAUUUACUAACUAAAUAUUCAAAGCUUAUGUCCUCAAUUUCAUGUACAAAUCUAAUGAUUUACUUUUACAUAUGAGAUGCUAGCUAAAGCGAGAUAUAAGUGUGUCAAGGCAAAAUUCAAUCAGGCAAAUGGAAAGCAGAAAAACAAUGCCGUUUAAUUUGCAUAAACAGAAAUGCUUAUGUUCAUAUUUUAACCAAA